UCCGUUGCAGAGAGGUCGCUUAUUGACAAGGGGAGAAGGUGACUCCUCGACGGGCAAGAGCAGUACCUCGAUUAAAUCUAACAAAAAACACCAAAGAAGACGGUUGUUUGCCAAUUAAGCAACCAUGUCUUCGUUUGGGAGGGCUCUGGGAGUCCUAAGAACAGGAUCCCGGCUCAUUAGACGCGGCCCUCAAAGAAUAACGACCAGAAAGGCUGGUGACGCACCCCACAUUGAGGCUCAGUACAGACAAUAUCCACAAAUCACGAAGAAACAAAAGUUUCAGUCGGAGCUACUAAGCGGUGCUAUGUGGUUUUGGAUUCUGUGGCACUGUUGGCACGAACCUGAUGCAGUCCUGGGUCACUUCCCUUGGCCUGAUGCUUCUGAAUGGACAGAUGAGGAGUUGGGAAUCCCACCAAUCGACGAGGAAUGAGGUCACCAUGGAGGGAUUCAAGAUGCUGGACAAGUCUUUGUGGAAGUCUUCACGAUGUUCUGAGAGUCAUUGUUGUACAUAAAAUAAUAAAAC